UGGCCAGUUUCAAUCAUGAAUCUCAUUCGUAUCAUGGGCACACUCUUCAGCCUCGUGGCACUGGCAGCUGCCGUGGAGCAUCAGCCACCGAUGCCCAAGUACUAUGUGGAUAGUCCGCUGUGCAAGAUGCCCUAUGUGGAUCCCUUCAGUCCCGAAGCCAUGGCCAUGUACAAAAAAAAGACGCUAAAGGAUUGCCACAACGAUAGUGAAUUGGUGACAGCCGAAUAUGAUACGAAACUGCAGCAAUAUCGACUGCAUACACGGGGCGAUUUGGCCACGAAAAUGGCCAAGAAAAAUGUGACACUCGAGUGUAGCUAUCAAAAGAUCUAUAGGGAUGGCAAUGCGUCAAUACCCGAUAAUGCAUACAGAAUGUCAAAGGUUAUACCCCUAACCGAUGAUCUGUUGCUGCCCAAGGAUGUGGAGUACAUAACCACACGUUGCUCUCUCAACAAUAGCAAAAGCGACAAAUUAAAAAUCACACAACAGGAUGCCCUGAGCUUUGUCCAGGAUCAUCUGACAGCCGAGGAGUUGGUGCAUUCAUUUCGUUUACUCCAGGACGAGGAGGAGCCCAAGCCAAAUGUCAUUAUCCUGGGCAUUGAUUCCACCUCCCGCAUUAAUAUGCGUCGCACCAUGCCACAGGUCUUUCGAUUUCUCAACCGCUUUCCUGGCUGGUUCGAGAUGCAGGGCUACAACAAGGUGGGCGAAAACACGUUGCCCAAUCUGCUGGCCAUUCUCACGGGCGACAAUUAUGUGGAAUCAUCUGAAAAGUUUGCGGUCAAGGGUUUCAUAGACACACUGGACUACAUUUGGCAGCGCUUCAAGGAGGCGGGCUAUACCACAGCCUAUGCGGAGGACUAUGCAUCCCUGAGCACCUUCAACUAUAUGAAACCAGGAUUCAUCAGGCAACCCGUCGACUAUUAUCUACGUCCGUUUAUGAAGGCCAUUGAGAAAACGCUGAAGCUGGAGCGUCGAUAUGGCACCAUUUUCUGUGUGGGUCGCCACAUCAACUCCGGCUAUGUGUGGGACUUUGCCGUGCAGUUUGUGCAGCGUUUCGUUCAGAAGUCGCCCAUGUUUGGCCUGUUCUGGAGCAACAGCUUCACGCACGACCAGUUUGCGGGCGCCAGUGCCAUGGAUCAUCUGUUCAGGGAGUAUCUGCAGUUGUUCCUCAAACUGGGACUCUUUAAGCGAUCGAUUGUGAUGGUCGUCAGCGAUCAUGGCUUCCGUUGGGGUGAUCUUAGAGCGCGCACAAAGUCGGGCUACCUGGAGGAGAGUCUGCCCAUGUUGUGGCUGUAUGUGCCGCCAUGGUUCCGCCAAAAGUAUCCCCAUUAUGUGGCGAACCUGCGCAAGAAUCGCAAUCGGCUUUCGUCCAAUUACGAUGUCCACAUGACCUUGCAGCAUCUGUUGCAGCUGAACACCCGCUCCCCGGAGGCUUUCGAUCCACGAAUUCAAGCCAAAAAGUGUAAGAGCUGUCGGUCUUUGUUCUUCGAACUGCCAGAGAGCCGCAGCUGCUCUCAGGCGGGCAUCAGCGAGAAAUGGUGCACCUGCCACCCCAAAACAACAGUCACAAAUCAUACCGAACAGCAGGCCGUGGCACUCGCUGUGGUGCAAAAAAUGAACAAACAUUUGGUGGCCAGAAAUCUCACACAUCUCUGUGAGAGCUUCAAACUCAAAACGGUCCGAUUAAUGGAUCGCAAGGAGAUCCUGGGUGAAAAUAUCACCACCGCCGCUGCCACAGAACAUGUUUAUGUCCUGAAUUUUUUUACAGUUCAUGAGACACCGCUAUUCGAGGCCACCCUGCGAUGGAAUCCAGCGAACGGCACACUGAAAAUGAACGUGGACGAGCUGAGUCGCAAGAACUCGUACACGGCUACAGCCAGUUGCAUAAGUGAUCCCAUUGUCAAAAAGUAUUGCAUAUGCAAGAAAUCGAUAAAGAAACAUAAAUAAAACAGAGGGGCGUCUCUGCAAGACGCGUGGCAGUUGUAAUCGAAAA